UCUAGCUGUAGAAAAAAAAAACACAGAAAGGACAAGAAAAAGAAAAGACACAAAGCAACACCAAAGUGCUGUAACUUAGUGUGUGGUGUAUUGUUUUUAACAGAGGGCUCAGGCCAGCCCCAGCUUAGCCGAGUGUUUCAGGACGCUCCGAAGCGGAGAACCCACUCCGAUACACCUUCACACACAGGUAACAUCACGGCUCGCGUCCGCACCCCGGAGGCGGGCUCGGAUGAAGCCAUCAAGUCCAUCCUGGAACAGGCCAAAAGAGAGCUGCAGGUGCAGAAAGCUGACCUGUCCCAUGCUCAGCCGUCUUACACGGGGCUAAAAGGAGGGGGCGGAGGCUGCGUAGGAGGCGGCGGGGGCAGCGGAUCGGACGAAGCCAUCCGCUCCAUCCUGGAGCAGGCGCGCAGGGAGAUGGAGGCUCAGCAGGCGGCGUUGGAGCCCAUCCUCAAAGCCUCGUCUGCGUCUUCCUCCUCCGUGUCUCUGUCUCAGAGAGAAAUCCUGGGCUCGUCCCUCACCGCCCCGCUGCCGCCCUACAACCCCCUGGCGCUCUCCCUCAAGAAGCCGCCAAGCUCCCACCUGUCCUCGCCUCCGUCCCCGUCUCCGGUGCUGGACUUCAGCUGCGGCGGGAAACGAGACGGCCGGGCUUCCUCAGGGAUCGACAUGUCGGCUGACGGCGCGUUCAGGCUGGGCCGGCCCUCGGAGGGCUCCGGCCGCCCCGGGGGCGCCGUGGGAGGGGGCUACUGGAGGGAGCAGUGGUGGAGCAACAUGCACUCAGACCACCGGAGGGCCAUGUCCAGCCAGGUGGGGGAGGAGAACCACAACCAGGAGGACUCCAAAGAGGGAAUAUUGAGCGACACUUUAACUCGACACAAACCUUGGAACAAGCUGAACCAGAGGAGCAGGGAGCCGUCGUACCUCCGCAUGCAGACGUGGCUCAACGGCGACCAGGCGCAGAACACGCACGUCCCGCAAGCCCAGAACCAAGCAGAGGGGACUCCCAAGACGUCGGCGAGCUGCAGCCCCGCUCCCGAGUCGCCGCUCAGCUCGGCCGAGGAGUCCGUCAACGGUCUGGCCGGGGACCCCCUCGCCUCGCAGUCCUCCGGCCUCAAGCCGUUGUCUGAAGACCCCUCGGGUGGGGAGUCCCAGCCCGGCACGCCACUGCCCAUACCGGGCCACUCCGGCCUCAGCAUCCAGGAGAUGGUUGCCAUGUCUCCCGAGCUCGACACGUACGCCAUCACCAAGAAGGUUAAGGAGGUGCUAACUGAUAAUAACCUCGGUCAGCGACUGUUCGGGGAGACCAUCCUGGGUCUGACUCAGGGUUCUGUCUCAGACCUGCUGGCCAGGCCUAAACCCUGGCACAAGCUGAGCCUGAAGGGCCGGGAGCCGUUCGUCCGGAUGCAGCUGUGGCUCCAGGACCCGCACAGCGUGGAGAAGCUCAUGGACAUGAAGCGCCUGGAGAAGAAAGCUUACAUGAAAAGGCGGCUGAGCUCCCUGAGCGACGGCCACUCUGUGGACGGAGUUUUACCGGGACCCGAUUAUAUGCAGGGCUCCCAGAGCCCGGGGGGCCAGCAGCAGCUGAAGAAGCCCAGGGUGGUGCUGGGCCCCGAGGAGAAGGAGGCCCUAAAAAAGGCUUAUCAGCAGAAGCCCUAUCCCUCCCCUAAAACCAUAGAGGAGCUGGCCUCCCAGCUCAACCUGAAGACCAGUACGGUCAUCAACUGGUUUCAUAACUACAGGUCACGCAUCCGAAGAGAGCUUUUCAUAGAGGAGAUCCAGGCGGCCGGGGGGAUGGGGCCUGGCAGCGAGGGGGGCUCUCCGUCCCUCCGCGGGUCCAAAUCAGGGGAAGGGGACAGCUGCGACGGGACGGAGUCCGAGGGCACGGUGGAGACCCGCCAGGGCCUGGGCCUGGGCGUGGGCCUGGAGGACCACAGAGGAGCGUGCAAAGACCAGGGCAUGGAGGUAGAGUCAGAGGCCGGGGGCUCCAACGACUCCCCCGCAGAGAUGGACUGCAGUGCCUCGGGCUUGGCUGGGCCGGGCUCCAGCUGCGGGCAGAGCGGACUGGGCAUCUUCGGCCUCACAGAGGCGUCCUCCACUAGCUCCGCCUCCAGUACGAACGUCCCCGCCAGAAACCCCAGGGACAACAAUCUGCGCAAGAAGAAGGCGGCCAACCUCAACAACAUCAUCCACCGGCUGGAGAAGGCCGCCAGCAAAGAGGACCCGUCAGAGUGGGAGUUCUAGCUCCACCCCGAACCCCGGACCCCUCCCCUCGUCCUUACCGUCUCAUAACCUCACGACCUCUAACCUUGGAAACCCCUCCUGCUCUGUUCCAGUCGGAGAGCGGACACAGCCAAAGUCAAGCUCAGCAGCCAUUUUUAUUGCAUAGAAGCUUUCCAAAACAAAAAACAAAAACACAAAUAAAACGGAAAGAAACAAAGAGUGGUUGGCAAAACCCUUAAAAAGAAGAUUUUACGGAGUACGUAGAAGAACAAAAUAAGAGAAUUGUCUCUCCUGUUUUUUUUGUUUGUUUUUUUUUUUAUUUGUUUUUUGUAACUGAGUUUUUUUUUGUUGUUUUGUUUUUGUACUGAGAAAAAGCACUUAGCCGUCCUGCUGGCCUCUGGCCCUGCUGUACCUCCCCCCCUUAUCACCAGCCACUGGUGCACCAGAAACUGGUCAGUCCUGAGCUGGGGGUCUGACCCGCAGCCGGGGUUCGAACCUGGACUCAGUAUCACAGGCAAGGCCUGACACAGCAGCUGUCACAGUGAUUAGACACUGAUAGACGAUAGAUAGAGACAGAAACUCUUACAAGAACUCUCACUUUCUUAAAGGAGUUUUUUUUUUCCUCUUCUUCUUCUCACCUCCCAAGUGUCCACAAACCUCCCCUCACUCAGUGAGAUGCCUCAUUUUUUUCACACUGUAGAGUGACUGUUACAAACCCUUUGCCUUUUUCACUCACUGCGUGUGUGUUUGUACGUUAGGGGUUGUGUUGGCGUGCACCUGUGUGUGUGUGUGUUUUAUGUGUGUGUGUGUGUGUGUGUAUACACCUAAAUGUGGUGCGUACGUCUCUUCUCGGCGGCAGCGUGUUUUCUUUAUGUCACUCCUACGCUCUUUGGAGGGUAGUGGAAAGCCUGCUGGCUGAGCUGCCAUGGUUACUGAAAUAAGACAGAUGAACUUUGACCUGUUCUGUCCCAUAUCCUGUCCUGCUGACUGCCAUGUGAUGGCCAGAAGGAUUGUUUUAAUUCCUCGCAAACAUACGCACUCAUCUGAAGAGGAAGGAAGAAAGGAAGCGACUUUUUCUUGCCGCCUUUCGCCCCCUUCUUCUUUUUAGGAUGACGGAUGAUCCGUUUUUGAUACUGCAAUUAGGUUGCCAAUAAGAGAUUGCACAGUCUAUCGACUCUAAAGAAUACAAAAUAGGGAAUUUUAGGAAAGCAUUUUUAAUUAGUGCAAAGACGACAGAAAAGAAAAGAGAAACAAGUUACUGCUAGAAUUUGCAA